GAAGAAAAAAGACGACAUGGCAGCGAACGCAUCUGCGACGGCAGAUAUUCUUGCCGUGCCAUGUACAAUUUUCUACAAAAAGAAGUGUCAUGAAACAACAAAACACUCUGCAGAGCAACUCCUGCAGAUUAUUGCUGCAGGGGAAGUUUCUGACGUCGGGGAAAGUGAUGACGACGACGACGACGCUCUUGAAGAAGAAGGUGCCCGCGCAGAGCUUGCCCGUGAUGUGCCUAUUGAUGCAUCGGAUGAUGAAAACGUGCCGCAAAAGGAUCCAGCUGAAUAUGACAGCGCUGCAGAGAACGUGAAAAAGAACAUUUCGUGGAAGAAACAAAGUUUUCUUCCUCCAUCUGACCUCCAGUUUACUGGGCCCACUGACGACCUUCCGGAGCUAGACGAGGCAUACACGCCCUACACAUACUUUUCUAGGUAUGUGCCGGAAUCAAUUUUCGCAUGCAUUGCGAAAUCCACGAACCUCUACAGUGUGCACACAUCGCAUGUCAACGUCAACACGACGCCCGACGAGAUGAGGAAACUUUUCGGGAUGCACAUAUUGUUUGGAGUGGUGUCUCUGCCUCGUGUACGACUCUACUGGGACCGUCUGAUGCGAGUACCAAUGAUCAGCGAAACAAUGAGCGAGAAGAGAUUCUUCAAACUAAGGAACAACCUUCAUGCUACAGUUGAUGAACCCAGCGACUGCCAAGACCGACUUUGGAAAGUGCGGCCUCUUUUGGACCAGAUCAGAGCCCGCUGCUUGGAGCUGCAGCUGGAAGAAGAAUGCUCAAUCGACGAGCAAAUGAUACCAUUCAAAGGUAACUUAUCGAUCAAGCAGUACGUGAAAGGGAAGCCGACACCAUGGGGCAUCAAGGUAUUUGCACUGUGUGGAAGGAGUGGCAUGCUCUACGAUUUCAUUGUUUACCAGGGAGAAAAUACCAUUCCAAACAGUCUCGAAAAGGACUAUGGCCUUUGCUCAGGUGUGGUGCUCCAUCUUGCAAAGCGAAUCCCAACCGGCUGCAACUAUCAGCUGUAUUUUGACAAUUACUUCACAUCACUUCCCCUGCUACGUCAACUAAAAAGAGAAGAUCUUAGCUGCAGGAACUGCAAGAACCAACAGGCUCUGCAAGUGCCCACUUGCACCUGCGCAGAUCACAAAGAAAAAACCCAGAGGAUACUCUGAAGAGUUCGUCACGCAAGACAAUAUUGUUGUCGUGUGUUGGAAAGACAACAACACAGUUACAGUGGCGUCAAACUUCGUUGGUGUGGGGACGACAAGUCAGGUGGAGAGAUGGGACAAGAAGACCCGUGAGCAUGUUUCUGUCACCCAGCCUGAAGUCAUUGCCAGAUAUAACAAGAGCAUGGGUGGUGUUGAUAAGCUGGAUUUCCUUCUCAGCUUGUACCGAACCAAGAUCAGGUAAAAAAAAUGGACACUGAGAGUUAUCUUUCAUUUCGUUGACGUGGCAGUGUGUAAUUCAUGGAUUGAGUAUCUCCGGGACCAUGCUGCCACACCAAGGUCCAAGCUGCUUGACCUGAUGCACUUUCGGCUAGCCGUUGCGGAGGCCCUCAUUACAUCGGUGCCUAACAAACGAAAGCGCGGAAGACCAUCGCUUGAAGAACAGAUGACACCUGAAGCUCCCCAACAGAAGAAGCCGCGAAUUCAUCGCCCUUGUGCAGAUGCCCGCUACGACGGCGUAGACCACUGGCCAGAAGCCCGCGACCAGGUGGAGCCAUCACGAUGCAAACUGGAGAAGUGCAAAGGACGGUCAAGGGUGUUUUGCAGAAAGUGUCAUCUGCCUCUUUGCCUAACGAAAGACCGCAAUUGCUUCUAUGCGUUCCACAACUGAGAUGACCAUCUCAGAAGAUGACCACAAUGACGCUUUGUACACAAUUGUGUACAUACCUCUGACUUUUUUACUUUUUCUUUUUUACUCUCGAAAACAGGUAUGUUUGCUUUAUGUAGGUGUCCUAAAACAUUUUUUGAGAAAAUAAAUUUUUUUCUUUAAAAAAUAGCGAGCGGCGUUUGAAA